UGCUCUGUUUCCCCUCGUUUUCGCUCCUCUUUUACUCUUUCCCUUUCUUUUUCCGUACUCCUCUCCAUGUUAUUAUAUAUUCAAAGUAGCUCCUAGCGAUGUACCGCCGGUGAACUACCACAAAUCAGAGAGUAGAAAAAUGAGAGCGGAGAGGAACCAGGGAAGCUGCGUGGCUAUUCGGUGUCUUCCUCCCGCAUUCAUCUCCCGAUACUCAAACGGAUCAUCCUCUUCAGUAGACGAUGUAACUUGCGGUUCUCCAAGAUGGAUUGGAAGAGGAUUUUCUUGCGUGUGCAUCAAACGAAAAGUAGUUUAUGAGCGCGUCUGCGUCAAUCUAACUCCAUCACAGGAGGAAAGGCUGAAUAGAUUGAAGCACCGAAUGAACGUGUACUUUGAUCCCUCCAGGCAUGGUCAUCAGGAAGCACUAAGAGCUCUUUGGGCUUCUACGUAUCCAGAUCAAGAGCUUAAUGGAUUGAUCUCUGAGCAGUGGAAGCAAAUGGGUUGGCAGGGUAAAGACCCAUCAACUGAUUUCAGGGGAGGUGGAUUUAUAUCAUUGGAGAACCUGCUCUUCUUCGCUAAAACAUUUUCCGGAUCAUUUCAGAGGCUGCUGAAUAAGCAAGGUGGUAAGCGAGCAGCUUGGGAGUACCCUUUUGCGGUAGCUGGUGUCAAUAUCACUUUCAUGAUCAUGCAAAUGCUAGAUUUGCAUUCUUCAAAACCGCGAAGAUUUGUUAGAACAGUUUUCAUCCAAAUGCUAGCAGAGGAUGAAUGGGCCUUCGAUUUGCUGUAUUGUGUAGCCUUCAUGGUCAUGGACAAGCAGUGGCUAGAAAGAAAUGCCUCCUACAUGGAAUUCAACGAAGUUCUCAGAUCAACCAGAGUUCAGCUGGAGAAAGAACUUCUACUUGAUGAUGUGAUGCGGAUCGAAGACAUGCCAUCAUACGGCCUCCUUUCCUAGCGAUGGCAAGUUCUCAAGGCCCUGACAUUAACUGUAUAGGCUCUGUCCUCUUUUUAAUAACCUUUUUCUUCUUGUUAGCCUUCAGGAGCUUAGUUGUAAAAAUGUUUCAACUAGCUUUGAAAUCUAAUGAAUGAGCUCCAUUUCUAAUUCUUCUUCUCUCAACACAUUAGGAAAGCUAUGUUGUAUCUGCAAAGCCAUGGCUCAAAGAAAUUAUCGACA